AUGUCGACCGCAGUACCACCGCCCUCAAAACGCCAGCGCCGUGAGCAGCUCGAGCGAACCACAACGCAGGCCGACGUGUCGGCCAUCCUGCCUCCCGACAAUGGCACCUUCAAGGCGCGCUUCGUCGACAGCGACGGCAACCAGAUGACCGACGUGGUUGAGGUGCCGCUGUCCGACGCCACCGAGAAGAACGUCUCGCUGCUGCUGAACACGCUGCUGCAGCGCGACCGCGAGUCCUUCCUGCCCUACCGCUUCCGCGUCCAUAUCCCCAACUCGUCCCUCGUCGUCGACACCUACCCGGCCGACCUGCUCGGCCUGCUGCGCUCCCACGGCGUCGCCAAUCCCUUCGAGACCACCGUCACCCUCGCCGCCGAGCCCCAGGCCGUCUUCAAGGUCCAGUCCGUCACCCGCCUCGCCGCCAAGAUCCCCGGCCACGGCCAGGCCAUCCUCUGCGCACAGUUCUCCCCGGCAUCCAGCUCCCUGCUCGCCACCGGCAGCGGCGACAACACAGCCCGCCUAUGGGACUGCGAGACCGGCACCCCGAAACAUACCCUCAAGGGCCACACCGGCUGGGUCCUCGGCGUCAGCUGGAGCCCCGACGGGUCCCGCCUCGCGACAUGCAGCAUGGACGGCAGCGUGCGGAUGUGGGACCCCAAGACGGGCAAGCAGAUAGGCGACCCCUUCAAGGGCCACUCCAAGCCCGUGCUGCAGCUGGCCUGGGAGCCCUACCACCUCUGGCGGGACGGCACGCCUCGCCUCGCGAGCGCAUCCAAGGACGGCACCGUGCGCAUCUGGGUCGUCAACACGGGGCGCACCGAGCACGUCCUGUCGGGCCACAAGGGCAGCGCCACCUGCGUGCGCUGGGGCGCCGGCGGCGACGGGACGGGCCUUAUCUACACGGGCAGCCACGACAAGAGCGUGCGCGUCUGGGACGCCGUGCGCGGCACCCUCGUCCACGAGCUCAAGAGCCACGCCCACUGGGUCAACCACCUCGCGCUGUCGACCGACUUUGUCCUGCGCACGGGGUACUUUGACCACACGCGCGACGUCCCCGACACCGAGGAGGGGAAGCGCGCCAAGGCCAAGGAGAGGUUCGAGAAGGCCGCGACGGCGCAGGGCGGCGGCGGAAAGAUCGUCGAGAAGGUUAUCAGCGCGAGCGACGACUUCACCAUGUUCCUGUGGGAUCCUGUCAAUGAAGGCAAGAAGCCGCUUGCCCGUAUGCUGGGCCAUCAGAAGCAGGUCAACCACGUCACCUUCUCGCCGGACGGCUUGCUGGUCGCGAGCUGUGGGUUUGAUAACCACACCAAGCUGUGGUCAGGACGCGACGGCAAGUUCAUCAACACUCUCCGCGGUCAUGUCGCCCACGUCUACCAGUGUGCCUUCUCAGCAGACUCACGCCUGCUCGUCACGUGCUCGCGCGACAACACCCUGAAGGUGUGGAAUGUCCGCUCCUGCAAGCUGGCAGAGGACCUUCCGGGCCACGACGACGAGGUCUACGCCGUUGACUGGAGCCCCGACGGGCAGAAGGUCGGCAGCGGCGGGAAGGACAAGGCCGUCAGGCUCUGGAGGAGCUAA